AUGAUUGACACCAAGGGCGCCGUGUCGGCCGACAGCACCAUUCCGUCCGAUCCGCCGCCGGUCUACACCGCGGCGGCCGAGCACGAGCCUGCUGCUGCCCCUGAUGGUUCUGCCGCCGCCGCGUCUGGCCGACCACGAAUCGUGCCGCCGCCUCGCAAGCUGCCGCCGCCCAUGGACCUCCCCAUUCUCGCACACCUGCGCUCGCGCCGCGUCAUCCUGGCCUCGGCUUCGCCGCGCCGGAAACAGCUGCUCGCGCAGGUCGGCCUCACCAAGCUCGAGAUCUGGCCGUCCAGCAAGCCCGAGGACCUGUCCAAGACCCUGUACGGGCCCUUUGAGUACGUGUCGGAAACAGCGCACCGCAAGUGCCUCGACGUCUACCAGGAGGUCUUGAAGUCGCAGGAGGAGGAGGCCGAGCUUGCCGCGGCCGAGCCCCAGCAGCACCACCCCGUCGCCGCCGACCCGGAGCUCGUCAUUGCCGCCGACACGAUCAUUGUGACCCGCGCCGGCCAGAUUCUCGAAAAACCGCGCUCCGCACAGGACCACGUGAAAAUGCUGCGCCACCUGCGCGACACCGACGCCCACCGCGUGCUGACGGCGGUGUGUGUGCUGUCGCCGCGGCAGGACGCCGCGCACCCGGGCUACUCGAUGGCGUCGCACACGGAGGAGACCAAGGUUGUUUUCGUCAAGCAGUCCGAGGGCCUGUCGGACGCCGUGAUUGACAGCUACGUGCGGACCCGCGAGGGCGCGGACAAGGCCGGCGGGUACGCGGUGCAGGGCACGGGCGGGCUGCUCCUGGUGAGCCGCAUUGAGGGCAACUUGGACAAUGUGAUUGGGCUGCCGGUGCGGCAGUGCCUGCGGCUGGCCGAGAAGGUGAUUUUCAAGCAGAACGAGGAGGAGGAGGCGGACGAGGACAGCGAGGACGAGUGA